CCAGGAUCCCUCUCUCCCUCUCUCUCUAUCUCACUGAAAAGAAUAGAAUCCAGAGCCGUCAUGUCGUCCAGUUUCUCAGUGCGGAGCUUCUCUGUGGGCCGUCAGCCCUCUUUCUCCAGCCUGUCUCUGAGAGACAGCAGCCGUGCCCGCUCCAGAGCUGCUGUGCCUUUUGCCGCCAGACCCCUGUCCCGCUCCGCCUCCGUCAGCCAUGACCUGAACGGAGUUCCAGUCACCCUGAACCUCAAUGGGCAGCUGGGCAACCACGCCAACGAGAAGGAGGCCCUGCAGGGCCUCAACAACCGUCUGGCCACCUACCUGGACAAGGUGCGCUCCCUGGAGACAUCCAAUGCAGACCUGGAGCUGAGGAUCAAGAAAAUAAUGAUUGAACGCAUCCCUAAAGGUCACGACUUCCAAACCAUGAUGACCCAGGCCCACCAGGUGGAAGAGGAGGUGAGGAAGAAGACACUGGAGAACGCUCGCCUCAUGCUGGAGAUUGACAAUGCUAAACUGGCAGCUGACGACUUCAGGAUCAAGUGGGAGACCGAGCUGUGCAUGUCCCAGUCUGUGGAGAGGGACUGUUUGGCCCUGAAGAAGGCCAAGGUGGACCAUGCGCAGAUCAUUGUUUCCCUGAAAGGAGACCUGGACAGCCUGAAGGAAGAACUCUACUUCCUCAAGAAGAACCAUGAGGAGGAGGUGGAGUCUAUGAAGGGCUAUAUUGCUGCUCAGACUGUGAACGUGGAGGUGGACGCAGGCCGUGGUGGACCUGAACUGGGCACAGUAAUGUCAGAGCUCAGAACUCAGUACGAGGGCAUCAUCAAGAAGAACAAGGACCAGGCUGAGCAGUGGUACCUCAAGAAGCUGGAGACGGUGCAGAGCGAGGUGAAGGAGUCUAACGAGGCUCUGAGGGAGGCUCAGAGUGAGCUGGUGGAGAGACAACGCUUCCUACAGAACCUGGAGGUGGAGCUGGAGAGUCUGCACAAACAGGUGUCAGCUCUGAAGGGUAACCUGGGGGAGACAGGGCAGAAGUACAGCCUGGAGAUGGAGCGUCUGCAGGCCACACUGUCCCAGCUUGAGGAGAACCUGUCUCAGCUGCGUCUGGACAUGCAGCGCAACAAGAUGGACUAUGAACAGCUGCUCCGCAUCAAGCAGAACCUGGAAAUAGAGAUCGCCACCUACAGGAGACUGCUGGAGGGAGAGGAGACGAUUAAUGAAGUCCCAUCACCAAAAAAGGAGCCAGAGGUGCGGACCAGGAAGAUAGUGAAGGUGGUGACUCAGACCAUGAUCAACGGCAAGGUGGUGGAUGAGUCCAGCGAGGUGGAGCAGAUAGAGCAGGAGGUGAAGAAGAAGUGAGAGGGGCCUCAUCAUCAUCAUCAUCAUCAUCAUCAUCAUCAUCUUCUU